AUGGAAACAGAAGAAUUAUUCAUUGGCCUAGAUAAUUUGGAAAAUGAGAACCCAAACAUUCUAGACAUCCAUAAUACAGAGGAGGGCAAAGACUCUCCUGAUUGCACCAAGUCCAUUAAAAGGAGAGACAUAAUUCUAAUCCAAGAAACUAAAAUGAACUCAACCGAGAUAGACCUCUUUGAGAAGAAAUUAGGUUUUAGAAAAUUGAAGUAUUCCCCAGCUCAGGGGGCUUCAAGAGGCUUAGCAAUCAUAUGGGAUCCUAGAUAUUCCUCUUGGACACCAUCAGAGAUAAAACAUAAUUGGAUAGGCGAAAAGGUAAACUGCUAUAAUAAUAAGUUAAGAUUUAACCUGAUCAAUGUAUAUGGUCCUAUUCAGAACAGGGAUAAAGCUCAAGUCUGGUUGGAACUUGAGACUUUCUUAAGAGACAAUGUGAAUGAGAUGUGUAUUAUUGGAGGAGAUUUCAAUGCCAUCACUAAGGCAUCAAACAAAAGAGGAGGUAGUAGCAAGCUACCUACCGCAGCAUUGGACUUCAAUGAUUGGAUCAAUCGGAAUUCUUUGUUGGAAAUCCAAACAGCAGAGAACUCCUUUACUCGAAACAACAGGAGGAAAGGCUUUAGCAAUAUUGUUGAAAAGCUUGAUAGAUUUUUUAUCCAUGGUGGGAUUAUGAAUUUCAAUUACAAUAUGGAAGCAGAGAUCCUACCUUUAUCUGGUUCUGACCAUUAUCCACUCCAACUUAACAUUGUGGCAGAUCAAGGACCAAGAAACUGCCCGUUCAAAUUCGAGAACAUGUGGUAUAAGGAUGAUAACAUCACGAACCUGAUUGAACAAUGGUGGAGUGAAUCAUUAUUCUCAGGCUCAAAGAUGUUUAUUGUUGCAAACAAAGUGAAGGUAAUCAAAAGGAGGCUCUUGGAGUGGAAUAAAGAGCACUUCGGUAACAUCUUUGAUAAGAAACUAUUAGUAGAAAAGGACCUCAAGGAUGUUAAUAGGGAAGUUUUGGAUCAAGGGAUGGAUGAACCUCUCUUCCUAAAAGAAAUUUUUUCACUAACAAAGUAUGAAAAGAUUUUGGCUAAAGAAGAAAUCUUCUAG